AGUCGCUCACUGAGUUGUGAUAUGUUUAGUCACCUUUGAAUUCCGAUCCGCGAUACGUUUGCAGUAAUUGAGUUGGAAUUUUCAAACAUUAAAUACUAUAGUGUCAUUGAAGAAAAUUGUUACGAAAAAAAUAAUUUCAUUCUUUGAAAAAUUCAAUUAUUCAUAAUUAAAAAUAUUUAAUUAACAAUAUAAAAAUUUUAAUUAUUAAUAAUUACAAAAAUUUGAUUAUUAACUAAAAAAAAAAAUGUAAUUUUAUUGACAAUUAAAAAAAAAAAUUAUUUUAAUUAUUUAAAAAUCGACUAUUAAGGACAAUAUUUUAAAAAAUAUUUAACCGAUUAUUAAAAAUUCGUAUAUAAAAAGGACAAAAAAAUUUGUUUAAUAUAAAAAAUAAAAAAAAUAAUUAAAAUAAUAAUAAAAAAAAUUAUUAAAUUAAUAAUGAUAAAAAAAUAAUUAAAAUAAUAUUAAUUAUUAAGAAAUAAUUAAUUUUUGAAUAAUAAUAUUUUUGAAAAAUAUUAUUUAAUUUAGAAAGUUUGAAAAGUGGAAAAAAUAAGUUUUCAAGACAUUGUUGAGUGUUUUCGAUAUGGAUCCUUCCUGUUCGCGUGGGCCUUACCUGGGGGGUUAAGGACGAGUGCCAUAAGGUGUGUUGGGGCACGCGACUGGUGGGAGGGUCAGCACGCUCUAGUGAUUCUAUAAACCACCCUCAACAUUUCAGAGCAUCAUCGUUGGUCUUCCGUAGCGGUUCGUUCACACAAAAAAAAAACUCUCGGAAAAAUUUCAAUAUUUUUUUUUCAUCAUCAUUCUCUCACGAAAUUCUUCGAAUAAAAGUGAAAAAAAAAAUUAAUUGUGAACAGUGAAGAGUUUCUAAAAUAUUGUUUAAAAAAAAAAUCAUUUUUUAAAUAAAAUAAAAAAAUAUAUAAUAAAAUAUAAACAGUAGUAAAUAAUAAAAAAAUAAAAUAUAUAAAACAGUGAAUAGAAAAAUAUAAAUAAUAAAUUUUUUAAAACAUUUUUCCAAGAAAACAAAAAAUUUUUAUACAUGAAAAAUAUUCAAAUGAAGAAAGUGAAAUAAUAAUAUUCUGAUAAAAACUGAAAUCGAAAAAAAUAACAAAUGAAAUUAAAUUGGAAAAAUAAAUAAAUUUGGAUUAAAAGGAAAUAAUUUUUUUUUCUUUUUAUUCAACGAUUCUCAUAUAGCUUUUUCAAAAUGAGUGGUUUCAAAAGAAGACAGAGUCGUGUUUUUUGGAAUCAAAUGGCCUCUCACGAUAUGGAGAGUUCGAAAUUUUUAUAUCCGGAAAAUUCGCUGACAAAUAAUAAAUCAAUUAUUGAUGUCACACAAAGUCCAAGGACAAUAUCAAUUCGCGUUGAAUCAUUGUGCGCUGAAAAUUCAAAAAGUUUUAAUGAUGAACAACAAGAGGAUGAUACAACGACAGAUGUCAGCAAUGUGACGGUUAUUAGAGUGGAGCCCAUUUCUCAAAGUAACGAAUCUAGUCAAGCGUCAGAGGGUAAUAGUUCGAGAGAAACUGAGAGAUCAAGGGAAAAUGUUGCUUAUGGUGAAAGAUCGUACAGUCCUGCUAGUCUCGGUCAAAAAAGUCAGGAUUCGGGAUUUUCUGAUUCUGAUAGUUCCUGUGCGGAAGUGGGAAUUUCAGCGACAACACAAAGGAGAAGAAGAAGAAGAAGAAGGGUUAAAAAUCUACAAUCAUGUGAUGUACGUCCAAGAAAUCAGAGACUAAGCUCCCUUUGGAGGGAGAACGAAGCACCGCCAUAUCCAUCUCAUCAUUCAACGCCAAAAAGAUUAUUGCCAAGAUUUAGUGCACAAAUAUUGGAAUCUCCAUUAAAUACAUCAUCAUGGGAUUCAUCUCAUCUCGAAAGAGAGGAAGAUGAGGAAACAACGAAAUAUCCUUCAAUGGAUUCCUCAUCAUUGGGCGAUUUUCUCUUUGCAACGGAACCACCUGAGGAUUCAAUACCAUCGACUUCUUCAUCUUCUUCUUCUUCUUCUUCUUCUUCGGGUUCCGGUUGUGCAAAAUCAUUAACUCAUUCAAAUGAUUCAAAAAGAAAUGCAACGUGUUUACAUUUCAAACAAUUGGCACCAGUGAAUGCAUGGUUAAAUAAUUUAAUUCACGAAAUUGAUGACGAAUGUGGUGUGACGCUACAAAGUAAAGCACUACCAAGACGACAAGUUGAAGAUUUCAUUGGUGAAGAAUUACAAACAAGAGACUUAAAAAUGUUGACUGCCUCAGCAACAACGGCAGCGACAAAAUUACUUUUGCGCGCUGAAAAAUUCGAUCAUCACUAUCAAACUGUAUUUGACAAAAUUUCCCAUCUAACGAAUGCAAGAUCAGAAACAGAAUUGUUGCAAUCAAUAGAAGAGGAUGCAUUUUCUGUUUUAUUGGAACUUGGCGCUCCUCCACCACGGAGAAUUCACCAAGGAAGCCUUAGAAGUAUUAUCUCUCAAUUGGAAAACCUUAAAGAUGUUGUGGACUCUGUUCUAAAUACGAGACUCGACUUUUAUGUUGAAAGAGUAGUACGCGGUCUUGAGGAAGCACCAUCAGAAGGAGGAAGUGCAGCACGCGGUGCAUUAGCUGCAUUAACUGCAUUAGGAAUGUCUGGACCACGUGCCGGAAGUAGUAUUGCACGUUGUUCCGGUGUUAGAACAUUAUUGACUUCAUUAAUUUCAUCAUCUCGUUUAACAAGUGAUUUACGUUGUUCAUGCCUACGUGCAUUGGCAAGUGUUUGUUGUUGUCCGGUGGCAAUUGAAAAAUUUAUUCACGAAGAUGGACCGGAAAUACUUGUUGAUUUUCUUGCAACUGAAUUACGUCCGGAAAUGGAAAAAAUGGAAGCAGCCGCAUUAGUUGUACAAAUAACAGCGCCUUGGACAAAUGCCUUGGGACUUUCACAUCUUGAGGCUUUCGCCGAGACACUUGUGGACGCAUUAACCAAAUUGGCGGAGAAAACUGUUUGCAGCCAAACUCUUUUACUUGCUGCCGCUGCACUUAAUCAUUUAUCUAAAUCAAGAAAAUGUGUCACUGCAAUUCUUGAGCUUGACGCUAUUAAAAAAUUAUUGCAAUGCGUAAAAAAAGCACCCGGAGGAAAUGUUUGGCUGAUGGAACAGGUGGCGUCUCUGAUUGGAGAAGUCGCUCGCAUUCCAGAAGCUCGUGAACAUCUUGCAGAGGCAAGAGCAUCCGUUGCCCUCGUUUGCUUUCUGAGAAUGCGUCCUCCUGGUUUGGAAAAUGCUUAUCAGAGAUUGGAAAAAACAGCAGCGGCCGCACUCACAAGACUUUGUGUCGAUCCUAAAAUUGCAAGACAAGUUGUCGCUGUCGGUGGAACGGAUUGUCUUCCUUCAUAUAAUAUUGAGGAUUUUCCAUCUGACGACGAGGAUCAAGAAAUUUGUCUUCUUAAAUAUACAAAAUCUCUAAGACUAGCUUGCCGAAAAGCUGCUCAACAAAUUGAUGUUGCCAAGUCCCAUGACUAUGCAAUUGGCUAAGGGAAUUUUUUUUUUUUUUUUUAAAUUGUCUAAUCUGUUAAGUAUUAAAAAAGGAUACCUUAAAUAUUAAAAAAAAAAAAAAUUA